AUGGGCUACCCCGAUACGUUUGAGGGUUUCAUGAUCAAGGACCACAAGAAGUGGUCCGACUUCCAGAAGGAUACAUUCAAGCCGAAACCAUUCGAAGACUACGAUGUGGACAUUGUCAUCGAGUGCUGUGGCGUCUGCGGCAGCGACGUCCACACCAUCACCGGCGGAUGGGGUGACGCAAGCCUCCCUCUCUGCGUUGGCCACGAAAUAAUCGGGAAGGUCAUCAAGGUCGGAUCCAAAGUCACGCUCGCCAAGGUCGGUCAGCGCGUCGGCGUCGGAGCUAUGAUUUCGGCGUGUAUGAAGUGCAAGAACUGCACUCACGACAACGAAAAUUAUUGCCCAAAGGGAAUCGAAACGUACAACGCACCCUACCCAGACGGGACGAUUGCUCAAGGCGGUUACGCAUCCCAUAUUCGCGCCCACGAAUACUUCACCUUCCCCAUUCCUGACAGUAUCCCCUCGGCUGUCGCCGCGCCCAUGAUGUGUGCUGGUCUCACGACCUUCAGUCCUCUCAAGCGUGCUAACGUCGGUCCAGGCAUGCACGUCGCUGUCAUUGGAAUUGGAGGACUUGGCCAUUUUGGUGUUAUGUGGGCAAAAGCCCUCGGUGCCAAAGUCACCGUCCUCUCCCAUUCUCCUUCCAAGAAAGACGACGCGCUCGCCCUCGGAGCUGAACACUUCGUUCUCACUACCUCAGAGGACUGGGCUGAACCUCUCGCUUUCACCUUCGACUUCAUACUCAACACGGCCGAUAUGACCCACACCUUCGACAUGGAGAAGUACAUGUCCACGCUCGUCGUGAACGGGACGUUCCAUAAUUGUGGAAUGCCGGACGCGCCGAUCCCGCCGAUCAAUGUGCAGGCGAUUUUUGCGGGUAAUGGGGGUAAGAUCGCGGGGAGUAAGAUUGGGUGUAGGAAGGAGAUAUUGGAGAUGUUGAAGUUGGCGAGUGAAGAGGAUAAGAAAUUGUGGACGUGGGUGGAGGAGGUGCAGCUCGGAGAGGAGGGGUGUAAAAAGGCGGUUGAGGGAGUGAAGGAGAACAACGUUCGGUACAGGUACACACUUGUCGGGUUCGACAAGGCGUUCCCGGAUAGGAAGACCAGUGCGUGA